GUUCUACCAUUGGUAUUGUUGCUAUUGUUUAUACCAUAGUUCUUUAGGAGAAGCGUGUGCCAUAUGGUUAUUCGAGAAAAAAGAUAGAGAACGUAUUUUGGCAAAAGUUCAAAAGCUACACGAGGGUAUCAAGAACUUACCUGCAACGCCAAAGAAGCAACAGCAACAACCAGAACCAAAAGUAGAUAUACUCGAAAUGCUAAAGAGAGGCUCAACCAAAAGCACACCUAUUCCUGAAAAGCAACAACAACAACAGUCUAUACAGCAGAAUUCUCCAAAGCAAACGACCGACUUACUAGGUCUCUUGAAGAAGACAAGCAUACAGACACAUCCAGAAAACGAACUGAGACGGGUACCGGAACCAUCCGAACAACAACAACAGAAACCCCCUGUUAACCUCAUUGUACCAACCAUGACACCGCAACCUCCAACAGCGCCUCCAGUUCCAAACGCUAGAAAUUUAUCUUUAUUACAGGUGCUUCAGAAUGGUAUUACACCACCUGUGCCUCCUCCUAUACCUCCACAGCAACCGUUGUUACCACAGCACCAGCUAAUGAGUUUAAUGCAGCCUGAAAUUGGCAGAAGGUUCAAUGGGCGGCCGUUAUCAAAACCCGAAUUCAUUCAACAAGUGCUUCAUAUGAUACAGCGAGAUCCCUUAUUCCUUGAUUCGCUUUAUGAAUCUUAUAAGACUCAGAUGGUUCCUCCUCCUUUCUAAUAAAAAGAUAAACUUUACCACGCGUAUUUUCUUCUCAUCCUUUACGGUAUCAUCAAUAACUUCAGUC